CAAGGUUUCUUUCCACUUCUCUCCAACGUGAUGUAACUGAUGUAAAUAUGAAUAGCGAUGUCAUCGUCAGAAAAUUAUUUGAGAAAAAGGAGAAGAAAUGAACGAUAAUGAAUGUAGAAGAUGCGGAUAUGCACAAUCAUUAUAAUUCUCUUUCUCUCUCAUAUGUACGCGCGUACAGAAGACUUCGCACUGUGCACUGUCAUCGAUAUUUAUUCCUCCCUCUGGUCAGCUAACAGAUUGUCAACUAUGUUAAGCGUUAUUUAAGACGGGUCGAAAUCUUUCUGACGUGUUCGACGGCUAGAUACGAGUAUCAGGAUGAAUGCGAAGCAUUUGAGUACUGGAUCGGUACCACCGCCCGUCGUGCCCGGAAAAAUACGCCUGUACAGCAUGCGUUUUUGUCCGUACGCGCAAAGGAUUCACCUUGUGCUGGAUGCUAAGCAAAUUCCAUAUGAUGUAGUUUAUGUGAAUUUAACACACAAACCUGACUGGUUGAUGGAAAAGAGCCCUCUUAAUAAAGUUCCUUGUAUUGAACUGGAAGAAGGAGAAACAUUAUAUGAAAGUCUAAUUAUCGCUGAAUACCUGGAUGAUACAUAUCCUCAAAAUAAACUAUAUCCAAAUAGUUCUUUAGCAAAGGCUAAAGAUAAGUUAUUGAUCGAUAGAUUUAAUGCAGUGAUAGCAACUAUGUAUAAGGGAUAUUCGGAAACAGCACUGGUGCAAGACGUAUUCAACGAGGUGUUAACUGGCUUAGAACUCUUUGAUCGGGAAUUGGCGAAGAGAGGGACUCCCUUUUUCGGAGGCAGCAAACCUGGUAUGUUGGACUUAAUGAUAUGGCCGUGGUGCGAAAGGGCAGAUGUAAUAAGAAUUAUAAAGGGAGAGCAAUAUGUCUUACCUCGAGAUCGUUUCUUACGACUGCUUGAAUGGAGAAUUGCUAUGAAAGAAGAUCCUGCAGUGAGUGGCAGCUUCCUGGAUGCUGAAAUGCAUGCUCAGUUCAUGCGUAGUCGUCUAGUUGGGACACCUCAGUACGAUUUAAUAGCUAACAGCUAAAGAGAUAAUUCAGUCUAUAGUCCAUUUUAUUUGCAAUGUCUUAAAAUCAAGCGAUAUUUCACUAUUGUCGUUUCUUUCAGCGUAA